AUGGCACCUAUCAAUGUCUCCUUGUCCUCUGGGCUCGUAGUGACGAGUCUGCUCACCGGACUGUCCCAGGGCGCGGCCAUUGGCAAGCGUGACGAUGUCCCUGCUGGCUAUGUUGCGGCUCCUUAUUAUCCAGCCCCUUACACGGGUUGGAUACCAAGCUGGAGCGAAAGUGUCCAGAAAGCCAAAGCCUUGGUCGACACUAUGACUCUGGCUGAGAAGGCCAACAUUACAGCUGGAACCGGUAUCUUUAUGGGAAGUGCGCCACGAGUGGGCUUCCCCCAGCUGUGCCUCCAGGAUUCGGCUUUGGGUGUGCGCAGCACAGAUAAUGUUACGGCGUUUCCUGCCGGCAUAACGACUGGCGCGACUUGGGAUAAGAACCUGAUUUACCAGCGUGGUGUGGCUCUCGGUGAGGAGUUCCGAGGUAAAGGUGCCAACAUCUACCUUGGUCCUACCGUUGGUCCUCUCGGCCGGAAACCCCGUGACGGACGCAGCUGGGAGGGCUUUGGGGCCGAUCCCGUGUUGGAAGCAGUUGGCGCAAAAUAUACGAUUCAAGGUGUUCAAGAACAAGGUGUUAUGGCGACCAUCAAGCAUCUUGUCGGAAACGAGCAAGAGAUGUGGCGCAUGUAUAACCCUUUUCAGCCUGCCUACAGUGCCAACAUUGAUGACCGGACUAUGCAUGAGCUCUAUCUGUGGCCAUUUGCCGAGGGUAUUCGAGCCGGGGCCUCGUCGGUCAUGGGUGCUUAUAACGCCGUGAAUGGCUCUGCAGCCACUCAGAACAGCUACCUGAACAACAAUCUGCUCAAGGAUGAGCUUGGAUUCCAAGGAUUCCUCAUGUCAGACUGGUUGGCGCAAAUAUCCGGAGUCCCCUCAGCCCUCGCGGGGUUGGACAUGGCCAUGCCUGGAGACACAAUGGUCCCUCUGCUCGGAACAUCAUACUGGAUGUACGAGAUGAGCCGAGCUGUUCUGAACGGCUCUAUGCCCGUGGACAGACUUGAUGACGCAGCUACAAGAAUCGUCGCGGCCUGGUAUCACCUGGGACAGGACGCCGACUACCCGGAGCCGAACUUCAGUUCAUACACAACCACAGCAACCGGGCCCCUUCACCCUGGCGCACUAUUCAGCCCAUCUGGUGUCGUCAACCAGUUUGUUGACGUGCGAGCUAACCAUGCCACCGUCGCUCGACAAGUCGCCCAGGACGCAAUCGCUCUCCUGAAGAACGACGGCGAUCUCCUCCCGCUCUCCAAGUCCACAACUCUGUCGCUCUUCGGCACGGAUCAGGCCGUCAAUCCGGACGGGGCGAACGCUUGCUCUGACCGGAGCUGCAACAAGGGAACUUUAGGAAUGGGGUGGGGCAGUGGCACCGCUAACUAUGAGACCUUCGACGACCCGCUGACCGCCAUCCGAGCCAACGCUGCCAACGUGACUUCCUACAACACCGAUUCCUUCCCCAGCAUCCCUACACCGGGUGCCGACGACGUUGCUAUUGUGUUCAUCACUUCAGACGCUGGCGAGAACUCCAUCACUGUCGAGGGCAACGCUGGAGACCGGAGCAGCUCCGGGUUGGCCGCAUGGCACAACGGCGACAAGUUGGUCCAGGAUGCCGCGGCAAAAUACAGCAACGUAGUCGUUGUUGUUCACACUGUUGGUCCUAUUGUCAUGGAACCAUGGAUUGAGUUGGCCUCUGUCAAGGCCGUUCUCGUCGCUCACUUGCCUGGCCAGGAGGCUGGAGAGUCCUUGACCAACGUCUUGUUCGGAAGCGUCUCCCCCAGUGGGCAUCUGCCAUAUACUAUUCCUAAGGCAGAAAGUGAUUACCCGGCGAGUGUGAGCCUGACGGGAUUUGCAGUCGGCCAGAUCCAGGAUACCUAUACCGAGGGACUCUACAUUGACUACAAAUAUCUCAAUUCUGCGGGUACGAAGCCGCGAUUCGCCUUCGGCCAUGGGCUCUCGUAUACAAACUUCACGUACACGGACGCGACGAUCACCAAGGUGACCCAGCUCACCAGCGUCCCACCCGCGCGGUCGGCUAAGUCUGGACUACCUGAUUACAACACGACAAUCCCGGUCGCAUCGGAAGCAUACCAGCCCUCUGGUUUCUCAACAGUCUGGCGAUACCUCUACCCCUGGCUGUCCGAAUCAGACGCCAACUCUGCAGCCGCCACCGGAGCCGCGGUCGAGAGCGGAGAAAACGCCGGCUACCCCUACCCAGACGGGUACUCGAGCACUCAAAAGCCAGGCCCGGCCGCGGGUGGCGGCCUGGGCGGUAACGAUGCCCUUUGGGACACGGCGUACACCAUCAGCGUGACAGUGACCAACACCGGCGCUCGCAACUUCUCCGGCAAGGCCGUCGCGCAGGCGUACGUGCAGUUCCCCGACAACAGCGGCUACGACUCGCCCAUCGUCCAGCUCAGGGACUUUGAGAAGACGGAUACCAUCGCCCCGGGUGCCAGCCAGGUGGUUACGCUGACGCUCACGCGGAAGGACGUCAGCGUAUGGGAUGUCGUGCAGCAGAAUUGGGUGGUCCCUGUCGUCGACGGAGCGUACAAGAUCUGGAUCGGCGAGUCGAGCGAUGCGCUGUUCCUGGCUUGUGAUGCGAGCACGCUGAAGUGCUCGGAGGGAUUGACGGCUCCAGUAUGA